AUGACAAGUGAACUAGACAGAUAUCAGUUCCUAAAUACCAUUGGAAAAGGUGGACAAGGAGCAGUCUAUCAUUGCAGAGAUAAGAUCGAUGGAAGGGAUUGCUGUUUGAAGCACGUCGUUCUGAGUGUCAGUAGAGAGUUGAAAGAUCACAUGCUCGAGCUCGACAUACUUGGUAUCUUUAGAGAGCAUCCGUAUGUGAUCACAAUGGACAGGUACUUUGUCAUCGAGUCAAAUCUCUAUAUAGUAAUGGAGUACUCUCCAUAUGGUGAUCUCCUCCAUGUCCUCUCAAAGCUAAAGAAUAAUGGUAAGAGUCUUUCUCUUAAAAAUGUACUUAGAUGGCUCGUACAGAUUAGCUUGGCACUGCACACGUUUCACAACACUGGAUAUGUACAUCGCGACAUCAAACCAAGAAACAUAUUAUUGAUGGAGGGAAACAUAGUCAAACUGGCAGACUUUGGAGCAUCGAUACCAAUGUCAUCAAAGAGCGACAGACUCGACUUUGUGGGAACACAUCGAUACAUGAGCCCAGAGAUGUUUAGAGGAGAGAAACAUAACUUUGCCACAGACAUUUGGAGUCUGGGCGUUGUACUACUCGAGAUGAUCAGCCAAAGGCAUGUCUUUGAUGGCAGCAACAAUGAAGAUAUCAAAGAGAAUGUAGUACAAGGUCGUUUUAUGUCUACAGAUGAAUUACAAAAGACCUUCAACGGAACAUAUACUCAAGAGUACAGUGAU